UAGCAGACGUUAAUAUUUACUGAAUGAUCCAUAUUUUUUUUUUUGUAACAGAAGUUGGUAUUUACUGGUUGCUGUCUUUUUUCAGUAACGCCCUUAAAAUUACCAAAUGAUUUAGAGUACUUUAGGUCAGCCCUUUCAGGGGAACCAGGAAGUACAACAAGGAAGUGGAAAGAAAUAAACCCUGUACAUGCUUUCACAGUAUGUAAACAAGAAAGCUUUUGGUCAGAAGAAUUAUUUUUUUACUAUUAUAACUAUCAUGAAAAAAAUACUUUUUGACCUGACUGUUAUGUAAGAAUCCCAUCCAUAUUUUUAUUUUAUUGUUUGCGAUGCUUCGAUGGGUAUUUGCAUUAAUAUGUGUUGUUGUUGGAAUCUAUUUUUCCUCCAACCCCUACUUUAUUAGUAAUAUCUCAAAAUAUGUAGCCCACCAGUUUUCUUUAUGGACAGCUUUCCAGGAUCCAGUACAGUCAGGAACACUGAGGUUGCUGAUGAAGGAGGAACUAGCUCAAUACACUGGGAACAAAGACAGUCCUGGCCUGUACCUUGCUAUCCUAGGACAGGUGUACAAUAUAGAGAAAGGAUGGAAGCAUUAUGGACCAGGAGGGUCAUACAGUUUUUUUGCAGGACGAGAUGCUUCUAGAGCUUUUGUAACUGGGGAUUUCACAGAAAAUGGCCUCGUGGAUGAUGUUUCUGGACUAUCUCCCAAAGAAAUGAUGACCCUGCAUGGAUGGCUUGAAUUAUACAAAAAGGAGUAUAGCUUUGUAGGGAAGCUAAUAGGGAGAUUCUACAGUGAGAAAGGAGAAGCAACUGAAGCCCUGAAGAAAGCUGAAGCUGCAAUCUCUGAGGGUUGGAGAAUGAAGAAACAGUCAGAAGAAGAAAAUAAGCAGUUCCCACCCUGCAAUUCUGAAUGGACCUCUGGGAGUGGCAUCAGAUACUGGUGCUCUAAGCUAAGUGGUGGUGUAGAGAGAACUUGGGUUGGAGUCCCAAGGAAACUAUACAAACCUGGCUCCAGUGGUUACCGCUGUGCAUGUGUUCGCAGCACUGGACCUCCCACUGGUCAAGCAGAUUCCAUCAGCCAUCCCAAUCGAGGUGACUUAGAUGACCCAGCCUUACAACAGUACGAAGGAUGCCAUCCACUUUCUGAGUCAUGUUCCAUGAAAACUGAACAAUAGGAAAUAUCACAAGCAUUUUAAUAAGGGCAGGUAUCUUAGAGUUGGCUGUGCAAACAGGAAAAAGUGACUUUAUCUCCUCCAAGCAAAAUAAUAAGUUAUUAUUUCUAGUGCAAUUUUUCAUUUUACUAAAUAAAUAUAAUAGUUUUACAUAAGAAAGUAUCUGCAUGAUUUUAUCUCCCCUAAAUGAAAUAAUAAGUUAUUACUUCCAAUGAAAUUCUUCAUUUUAAAAAAUAAAUGUAACAGUUUUACAUAUGAAAGUAUCUGCCUGACUUAACUGUACUUACACAUUAACACACACCCUGGAGGGCAUUAUUCGUCUUAGUGAAUAGGCUCUCUGUAAAAUUGGUGUGUUUUACUUGCUUAUUUAUUUUUUAACUACUAUAUUAUUUUUUUCUAUAUUUUUAAUGUAAAAUACUUCCUCCACCAAAUAAUUCAAACUUGCUAUAGUAUAUGUUAAUGGUGCUGAAGGAAGCAUUUUACAUCAAACAUAUAUAAAAAUAAUAUACUGCUUAAAAAUAAGUAAGUAAAACACAAUUUUACAGAGCCCAUUCUAUCUCCCAUACACACAUACACAGUCUCUUCUGCUUUCACACACACACAUAUACACACACACAAUCUCCUUUGCUUUCAUACACACAUUCAUUCACACAAGUUCGGUGUCACUCUCAAUCUCUCACAAAGUGUCUCCACUGCUUUCAUACACACAUUCACUCACACAAGAUCACUCUCACUCUCUCUCUCUCUGUCUCGCUCUCACACUCACAGUCUCCUCUGCUUUCCUACAGGCAUUCAGACACACAUCACUCUCGCUGCCUCUCUCUCUCAUGCAUGUACACACACGUGCAGUCUUUUUUUUUUUUUUUUACAUUUUAUGCUCACUAAACAGCAGAACCACUGCUUAAUGAACAUAAAAAUAAUGGCAGCCAUUAGUUUUUUUUUCUUCAGUCCAAGCUCCAUGACAGCUUGAUAUGCUGCUUCAAAAGCGGCAGACUCGUUUGUCAGCGGGCAUUACUUGUACAGUAAUACCUUGCUGGAGAACGUUCAUUCUCCAAUCAGGCUGUUGAUGUACAGUUUGCCCAUUCUCUAAAAUUUGUUAAGUAUCAGAUGUCCUUCCUUGGAAAGACAGGAGCCAUUCAGUAAAAGAGCCAUGACAUUGUUCACCAACAUCAUGCAGUGUCCCAAAAAGGGAAUCAAAUUAUGGAGAUGUAGAUAUGGGACCCUAAAGUCCAAGGUGAUUUGCAAUAAAGUGAUUCAAAAAUAAAUAAAUAAUUGUGAGAGAAGACUGAAACAGAGGAAGGCUGAUCAUUUGCUGAAAGCAAAGGUACUUAAUCUGAGUGAGAGACUAAGGCAGACAAUCACUGCAGUGGCUGAAAGAGGAAGCCAUCAAAAGAUGGGACAUAUACAAGUGUCUUUUAUGUAUCCUUCUUUAUUUAAAUGAAGGUAAUUUGUAGUUUAAACACUGAAGCUAUUCCAGUGGCAUAGAGUGAAAAAGCCCUGACUACAGCCCAAGCAACCUGGGUGGAGUUACCAUGCCAGGGUUGUGUGGGCGGGUCAUGGGCACUUAAUGUGAUAAACAAUGAAGGAGGUUGGGGAUAGCAUAAUGUAGGCAUGCCUACCAGAAGGGUUUAAGGAUGUAGACAUGGCUGAGCUGCUGCGGAGGUAUGGCAAAAUGCUGCACAUCUCCACAGCAAAUGGCAGGGGGAUUGAAAGGGGUUGGGCAUAAAGUAACUCCUCUCCCAGACAGAUGUAGAGGUGAGCCAAGCUCCCGGAUGCCAUGUUCCAUGACUGUCUCCAGCAAGACACCAGAUUAAGGCCAGGGUGGUGGAAGUCAGUAGCUCGCAGACCCAGCACAGACAGGUGCCAGGGUGCCAGAGGGAGCAAAACAAAUUUUUUUAUUUUAAGGUCUGGCUUAAGUAAGCAAGUGUAUGUUGCAAUAAAGUCACCAUGGUUAUUUGAAAGAUCCUGGAUACAAUAUUUUCAAUGCUCUAGAGGGUGGAGCAUGCCAGUCUUACAAUGGGAAAUGCCACAAGUAUUUUGACUGGGCACUCUUUAAACUGUUUCCUGACAAGUGGGGUAUAGUUGUAGCAUGUGUUUUUUAUCAUGUUUCCUCAUAUUGAUCAGUAUUUUGAUGGCAGAUCAAUAAAUGAGGCUGCAGCUCAGACAGAGACUGUACUUAAUGUAUUAUGAAAACAGUGUGAAAGCAAAAUAAAACAAAUUAAUACAGCUUAAUUGAACAGGUGUUGGAGUCAGAGAGUGUAAGGCAAAUGUUCAGAUUCCUAUCAGGGUAUGUAUAUGAAUCAUUACUUUUCCUAAGAAUUGUAUGCUAAAUGUGAUAAGAGACUUGUCAGUAUAUACACUUAGAAAAUUUAUCACAGACUCGAUAAGAAAUGCAUAGCAACCACUUCAGUUGGAGCAGUACUAGAUAAUGUUGAAAAUGUGUAUGCAAAUGCAGUAAAAAAAUUUAGAGCUCUCCCUGGAUAUGGUCUAUAACAUACUAACUUAUUGUUUAAAAGGUAAAAGUGCCAAUGAAGUGUAAAAUAUUGGUAAAAUUAAAAUGGAAUAGUUCAGAAGAUGAAAUGCACAUUUUCAUUUUGUAACUUUUUUAAAGGAUUAGGUUCCAUAAAUUAAUUACCUGAUCAGCUGAUGACACCAUUUUCUGUGUACAGCAAAUGCAUUUUUGUUUAACAUAUAUGAAGUGCUUUUUGUUUGAACUACUCCAUUAUUAAAUAAAAAGCAAGACUUAAGUCAUAAA